CCCUGCCUCUCUUUACCUCACACAUAAGAAAACUCUAAGCUCCCCUGUUUUCUCAUCAUUCUCCUCCAAAAAUCUCUCUCAAAUUCACGCCACCAGUAAAGACAGCACCAAUCCAUCAAAAAACAUCAACACCCAACUGGGAUUUCGGUUUUUGCUUCACCCUGAGCUCUCUCUUGCUCUUUCACUCCCCUGCUUUGCUGCUCUGUAUUCAGAGAUUUGGGAUGGGUUACUUGUCGCACAUAAACAGUUUUGGUAUACGAUUCUGUUUUUGGUUCAAUCGGAUAAUCUUUUGAAAUCAAACCCAGAUUCCAAAAUUCGGUCUUCUCUUGUUUCGUUUUUGUUUUGUUUUUUUAUUAUUCUUUGACUAGAUUUGGAUCCGGGUAUAUAAUUUUCGUUUCUCUUUUGUAUUUGGGGAUAUCUAUUCGUUUGAUUCGAAUACGUUUCUGUUCUGAUACCUAUAAAUUUGCCUUGGUGACCCAUCUCAAAUUCUCUUCAGUUGCUUUGUAGAUAGAUUAGGUUCCGGGUGGGUUUAUUAUAUAUUCGAUCCUUGAGAGAGAGCAAAGUGGGAAGCUAGUUAUCUGUAUACGAUGGCUGCGGCUAAGAACAGUGGCAAAUCCAGGAAGGGUGUUGAUGAAUCACGCAUGAUGGCACAAGAUUGGGAGAUUGACAAAGGCAAGGAUCUUGAUUUUAGCUCCGAGAGGCGGCGAUGGAAGCCAGUUUUUGAUGAAGCGUCCAUGUCCAAUAGGCCUCUCAAGAAGAUCCGAAGCCCUGAACGUCAAGACCCAAUUCAGUCCUCUGCUUCUUUUGCUCCUUCCUUCUCAAUUCCCAGCUCUGUAUCUCCUAGUUCAGCUUCUUCUCUAACUCUUUAUCCUCCUCCUUCAAGAAUCGUGUUUCCUUUUGCUUUUGAUGGGUCUCAACAACAGUGUUUGCAGUUUCCCCAACAAUUUAGUACCACAACUCUGCCUAUGUACCACCCAGCACAGCUGCAAGCACCACGAAACCAGCAGGAGAUGAUUUCUUUUGCUUCAAAUCAACAACAUAGCAUUGCUUAUCCCCAGUUCUUGAGCGGAGACGCAGUGCAAAAUCAGCAGCAGCAGCAGCAGCAGCAGCUUCUUCAAUAUUGGAGUGAUACGCUGAAUUUAAGUCCAAGGGGAAGGAUGAUGAUGAUGAACAGUUUGGGGCCGGACGGCAGGCGGUUGUUUAGGCCUCCGGUGCAGCCUCUAAACACCACCAAGCUUUACAGGGGAGUGAGGCAACGACAUUGGGGCAAGUGGGUCGCUGAAAUCCGCCUCCCUCGCAAUAGGACUCGCCUUUGGCUCGGCACAUUCGACACGGCCGAAGACGCCGCCAUGGCGUAUGAUCGCGAGGCCUUCAAGUUGAGAGGAGAGAAUGCUAGGCUCAAUUUCCCUGAGCACUUUCUCAAUAAGGAUAAUAAAGCAGAGUCCACAGCUCCAAAUUCAACUCCCUCUUCUCCGCCAACUCCACAUGAAAGUUCAAGGCUAAGUCGGUACUCGAAGCAACCUGAACAAGCUCCACAAGGCCUUGAUUUGCAGGCUUUAGAUAUGGAGAUGAUGCCGCCGCCGCCACCGCCACUGCCGCCGCAGCAGCCACCGCUGCAGACCCGAGAAGAUGUUCCCGACAGUGAUUCGGGAUUCGAGUCGAGCGAGGCCACGGUGAGUGAUGAAGUUCAGGCGGCUGCAGCAGGUGCUGAGAUAGGAGAAGGUAUUUCACAGACACAGGAACUGGUAUGGGGAGAAAUGCAAGAGGCAUGGUUCAAUGCAAUUGCAGCAGGAGGUUUUGGACCAGGUAGUCCUGUGUGGGAUGAUUUGGACACCACCAAUAAUCUUCUGCUGCAUUCACAACUCCCCUUUGGUACUCCAAAUUAUCAGCAGAAUAUGAAUGACCCUGAUCUUCACAGGCAGCAAGGGAACUUUGGCUCAACAUCCUGCUCAUCAUCAUCUUGUCCUAUGAAGCCCUUCUUUUGGAAGGAUCAAGAUUGAAAGGUCGGAGAGUUUAAUUCCCACCUUUCCUUCUCACUGGUUGCACAUUUUACACAAAACAACCCGUGAUUCCAUUUGAAGCUUCAAUAACCAUAUUAAGAUCUUUGAAGCUUCAAAGUUCGAACACUCUUUGGCUUUGACUUCUUCUGAACUUCUAAACACUUCCCAAAACCCCCCACAAUUCUUCCUUUUAGAUUCUCCUCCAUUCCAUCUGCUGCAAAAGGCAUAUUUUUCCCAGCCUUUCAGCAGUUACAGCACAGCUCAUUCCUCAUAAGCCAUGCCUUCUAUCAUAUCAUAUAUGUCUGUAGACUGUAGGAAGCACGUUUUACCUUUUGAUGUUGUCAUGGACAUGCAGUUCUUGGUAGUUGAUGUUAGUGCUAGACCAGAGCAGGAGGAGACGGUUUUGUGAUCUCCUUCAACUGGUCCGUCCAUCAAGAGCUUUCUUUUUCAGCUCCGAGGAUGGAAGCAAUCUGUGAUUCUGUACAUUGUUCACUUUUUUCAGUAAUAGUUGUAAUGAUAGAUCAAGCAAUUUGCAGCAUUCUCAUUGUUAUUAUUA